AUGGACUCUCUGGAUCACAUGCUCACGGACCCCCUGGAGCUGGGGCCCUGCGGGGAAGGAAAUGGCACACGCAUCAUGGAGGACUGCAUGCUGGGGACCACCAGAGUCAGUCUGCCUGAGGACCUUCUGGAGGACCCCGAGAUCUUCUUUGACGUCGUCAGCCUGUCUACGUGGCAGGAGGUGCUGACAGAUGCGCAGCAAGACCACCUAAAAAAAUUCCUGCCUCACUUCCCCGAAAACAACCGAGAGCAUCAGAACAAACUCAUCUCUGCGAUGUUCAGCGGAGAAAACUUACGAUGGGGUUUUUACCUCUUUCUCACAGAUGGACACUUCAACCCUGAAGUGGUGAAGUACCGGCAGCUCUGUUUCAAGUCCCAGUACAAACGCUACCUGAGCUCUCAGCAACAGUACUUCUACCAACUGCUCAAGCAGAUCCUGGCUUCCCGCAACCACUUGCUGGAUUUAGCUAGGAAAGGGGGCCCCGACAUGACCCUCAGGAGAAAGCACUUCGCGCCGACGUACGACGUGGAAGAACGAGACAGGCGGACGCAUCGGCGCUACUUGAAGAUUCUGAGGGAGGUGAAAGAAGAGUGUGGAGAUACUACCUUGUCUUCUGAUGAAGAAGAUCUAAGCUCCUGGCCUCCAAGUUCUCCAGCGCGUUGUCGGAGUCCACCAGUUCCCCUGAGAGUGAUCCCCACGUUGUCGACCUUGGACAUGAAAACAGCCGACAAGAUAGAACUUGGGGAAAGUGAUUUGAAGAUGAUGUUGAAGAAGCACCAUGAGAAACGGAAACGUCAGCCUGACCACCCCGAUCUCGUGACCGCAGACCUGACUCUUGAGGACAUUAUGACUCGAGUAAAUGCUGGCAGGAAAGGGUCCUUAGCAGCCUUGUUCGACCUUGCAACCCUCAAGAAAAAGGUGAAGGAAAAGGAAGAUAAGAAGAAAAAAAAGCUGAAGGUUGUUAAAUCUGAGGUGGAAGAUUUGGCUGACUCUCUUAGCAAUGCAGAUGGAAUCCCACCGUUGUCUCAGGAUCCUUCCCCCAUCCCUCUGUCGUCUGUCAAAGAGGAACCUCUUGAAGACCUGAAGCCAUGCCUUGGGAUAAAUGAAAUCUCUUCCAGCUUCUUUUUCCUUCUUCUGGAGAUACUGUUUCUGGAAGGACCUGCUACUCUUUCUGUGCUUGAAGAUAAAGUUCUAGAUUGGCAAUCUUCUCCUGCCAGCGCGCUAAAUAACUGGUUCUCCUUUGCCCCUAACUGGUCUGAGCUGGUUUUACCCGCCUUGCAGUACUUGACAGGUGACAGCAGAGAUGUCCCUUCCAGCUUCUCACCUUUUGUUGAAUUCAAGGAAAAAACUCAGCAGUGGAAAUUGCUUGCGUCUUGCCAAGAUCACGAGAAGGAAUUGGCAGCCCUGUUUCAGCUCUGGUUGGAGACCAAAGACCAGACUUUUUUCAAAGAAAAUGAAGACAGCUCAGAUGGGACAACACCAGUUCCCAGAGUAAGGACUGACUAUGUAGUCCGACCUAGCACUGGAGAGGAGAAACGUGUGUUUCAGGAGCAGGAACGUUACCGUUACAGCCAGCCUCACAAAGCUUUCACGUUCCGUAUGCAUGGCUUUGAGUCAGUUGUUGGCCCUGUGAAGGGGGUGUUUGACAAGGAAACCUCGUUAAACAAAGCCCGAGAGCAUUCUCUCCUGCGCUCAGACAGGCCGUCAUACGUCACCAUCUUGUCCCUCGUUCGUGAUGCUGCUGCUCGCCUUCCUAACGGAGAAGGAACGCGUGCUGAAAUCUGUGAGCUGCUUAAAGAUUCCCAGUUCCUCGCUCCCGAUGUCACAAGUGCUCAAGUUAACACUGUUGUUAGCGGUGCUCUGGAUCGAUUACACUAUGAGAAAGAUCCCUGUGUGAAAUACGAUAUUGGACGCAAGUUGUGGAUCUACCUGCACCGGGACAGGAGCGAGGAAGAGUUUGAGCGGAUUCACCAAGCUCAAGCUGCUGCAGCGAAGGCCAAGAAAGCUCUUCAGCAGAAGCCAAAACCUCCGGCUAAAAUGAAGUCUAGUAGCAAGGAGAGCUCUGUGAAAGCACUCCCCAGCAGCACGUCAGAGCCCAGUCAGCUGAGCCUGAGUGACUCCAGCAUGCCGCCAACUCCCGUGACUCCUGUGACGCCAACGGCACCGGCAUUACCAGCAACGCCUAUUUCACCCCCACCGGUGUCUGUGGUUAGCAAGAGCGUAUCGAGCGCUGGGUCGGAGCCAGCAAAACCCAGCCAAAGCGUUCUUCUGGUAUCAUCCCCUACCAUGCCGCAGCUCGGGACGUUGCUUUCCACAGCCCAGAGUUCACAGACCCAGCCGGGGCCGCAGCCACCUCCCACGCGGGUGGUAAGUCACACCACCUCCUCGGGACUGCCGCAGGUCCGGGUGGUCACUGCCCAGUCCAGCCUGCCCGCUUGGUUUCAGAAACGCCCAGCGGCAGCCACGCCGACCAAAGUGCUCCCUCAGGCUGUGAUGACUCUGCCGGUAAAAGCUCAAACCAGCCCAGCGCAGGUGCAAAGACCGGGAAGCUCCGUGACGGGACAGACGGGCCUCACUGUGACGGGACUGUCCGCAGCUCCCAGCCCGGCUGUAAAGCCGGUGACCAGCUCUCCAGGCAGUUCUGCUACGAGCACCUCCUCCACCACCGUCAUCCAGAAUGUAGCUGGCCAGAAUAUCAUCAAGCAGGUGGCUAUUACAGGACAGCUUGGCAUGAAGACCCAGCCGGGAAGCGGCAUCCCGCUCACAGCGACCAAUUUUCGGAUCCAAGGGAAGGACGUGUUGCGCCUACCCCCGUCCUCCAUCACCACAGACGCGAAGGGACAGACUGUGCUGCGUAUCACCCCGGACAUGAUGGCCACCCUGGCCAAAUCUCAAGUCACUACUGUCAAACUGACUCAGGACCUCUUCACGGCAGCCGCGGGAAGCGGCGCCAGCGGGAAAGGCAUCUCGGCGACGUUGCACGUGACAUCCAAUCCUGUCCAGGCCGCUGAUUCUCCAGCCAAGACUAGCACGGCCACUUCUGCUUCUUCCAGCCCCGCUGGAAGCACCGUGGUUAAAGUGACUCCUGACUUAAAGACUGCAGAGCCAACGAGCUCCGCUUUCCGCCUGAUGCCCGCUCUGGGCAUGACGGUGGCGGAGCAGAAGAGCAAAGCCAUCACGACGGUGGCGUCCACCGAGGCCAAGCCGGCUGCGACCAUCAGAAUCGUGCAGGGGCUGGGGGUGAUGCCGCCCAAAGCUGGGCAGACUAUUACCGUCGCUACUCACGCUAAGCCAGCGCCCUCUUCCUCGGCGGUGAGCGUGCCCGGCACGGUCCAUACCUCAGCCGUCUCUUUACCAACCAUGAGUGCCACAGUGUCCAAAGCGGUGGCCGUGGCCUCGGGAGCGGCUGGGACUCCCAUAACUAUAGGCACAGGAGCCACUGCUGUGCGGCAGGUACCCGUCAGCACUACAGUAGUAUCUACAUCGCAGGCAGGUAAACUACCAGCACGAAUAACGGUGCCUCUGUCGGUCAUCAGCCAGCCAGUGAAAGGCAAGAGUGUGGUGACGGCCCCCAUCAUCAAGGGCAACCUCGGGGCCAACAUCAGUGGAUUAGGUAGGAAUAUCAUCCUGACGACGAUGCCAGCAGGGACAAAACUGAUCGCUGGGAACAAGCCAGUGAGUUUUCUGACUGCACAGCAACUACAGCAGCUGCAGCAGCAAGGCCAGGCUACGCAGGUGCGAAUUCAAACAGUACCGGCCUCCCAUCUCCAGCAGGGAACAGUGUCUGGCUCGACUAAAGCCGUUUCCACUGUGGUGGUGACAACAGCUCCGUCUCCAAAGCAGACCCAAGAUCAGCUGUGAGCGCUGGUUUGGAAAUGGAUUGCUUUCCAAGAACUUCCCUGAGUCUGGGGUCAUCCUCCGUCCGACCACCCGAGACGACCUAACCACAGUCACCGCUAGGGGUUGGACUGGAUUCUGUCGCGUUGCUUGUCUGGAGUCAGCGUUGCGAUGUCUAGGUAGAAAUGGCGCAG